UCACUACACAUAACCGUCGAUACACUUCCAAGGUUUGCAACACUACAUACUCUUGUCCUCAUACUAUUUAUCAUCUUUUGUCAAAAUCAUCGUAAGUGAAGAUCAUCUAAAGUGAAGAAAGUGGCGAGACAAGAAAUAAAUUACCAUGGCGAUUAUGCAGCGAUGUUGUUGUUUCUCUAACGUCAGGAGUGGUUCCAUGGCCUGUGGCAUCUACUCAUUAAUUACCAGCUGCAUCUAUUUAGCGGUAUGGUCCUGGAACUUGGCUCAGGCCGUAAGCAUCUUCAGCGGUUAUACAGGACCGGCUGUAGAUGGGAUCUAUGCAGCAUACAGUAUUGAUAUUAUCGUCGCUGUUUUUCUUCUCAUCGCAUCCAUUGUUCUCAUAGUGGGCGUAUCCCAGGACAACGGGACGAUGCUGAUUCCUUACAUGGUGGCGGUCAUGGCUCUUAUGGUAUUACAGGCCAUUGCAUGGAUUAUCCUCUUCGUCCUCUACGGAGCCGCAUCUAUUGCACUGAUCGUGAACGUUGUCUUCUGGCUCCUAUUUACUGCCCUCAACAUCACGUGUCUAAUCUGCGUCAUCUCGCAAUACCAAGAACUUCGUGAAGGUCGAGGAAAGGCCAGUGAUGUGGUUUAACCAUAGCAAAGUGAAAAAUAUCAUUCUUCUGGGCAUCUUUUUGUAAAACUGUCAUGACUACAAGUUUACAGACAUCCCUUUGAAACACGUGUUAAAUUCAAUUCACGCGUUUCAAUGGGUUUUAGGCGAUCUUGUUUUAAUGACAGUUUCAUGAAAAAAAAUCGGGCCCAUCUAGAGGCUGAUGUUAAAAUCAUUGUUAGGACUUUAUUGUUCAGAUAUGGCGCCGUUAACCGUUGCACAAAAUGUUAAUGUAAAUGAAUAGCAACUGCGCGUAACAAGGGACUUGCGCGUAUUCACUGAGAUCUGUGUUAUAAGAUAAAGAAAUUUGCGGCGAAUUACACUUUACGUAAUCUUAAGGGGGAAAAAAACGCAACAAUUUUGCCGCAUCAUGUCUGAUCGAGACUUUAAACGUACGGGGAAAGGGUUUUAAAGAAGACAAAACAAAACCCUCAUUUUCCUGAAUUUCCUAUUAAUUUCCUAUUAAUCAUCCACCAUAUUAUGUGAAUAAUAGGCCUACAACUGCUCUCUAAAAAUUGACACUGUCAAUAAUUGUAUUUCAAAAGAAGACAAAUUACAUAAAAUACGCGUUGUUCGGUUGGACAAGCCAUAAUGUUUUCCCUACCUAGGAUCAAUUACUUUAAUACGCAAUUCGUAUUCUGAAAAUUGAAAAAUUAUUAAUUGUAACAGGUGAAGGAAAUAGAUUUAUAACAGGGCCUUCAACUUUACAUUAUGAAAAUGGUCUAUUUGUGAUGAAUGGUGAGCAUAAUGAGCAGAAGAUUGGCAGUAUACGUAGAUCUGAAGUAGUGCUUGUGGAACCUUUCUUUUGACUGUACAUCGCUAUGAAUCAAACUGACCUUUUGUUUUGGUUCACUUUUACGAACAUUUAUAAUUUGUAUAUCUGUAGAAAAAAUGCUUCCGAAGCAAAAUAGAUGAUGGUUUAAUUUUGACUGUCAAUCUGUUCUGUGUAUAGCAAUGUUUGUUUCAUAUGCCGAAUUUAUAUAACACCAAUCAGUCUUACAUGUAGAUUGAUAUAGGCAGUAUUGGUUACUACUUCUAUUGCAUGCUGUAUACGCAUUCAAUAGACAUGCUUUCUAUUUCUCUUACGAAGACAUAUAUUUGUAAAUAUCUUCUUUUUUAAAAGUUUCGUUGAACCGAGAGUUUGUAUCAUUCUCAAAUUUAUGUUGACUCUGUGGUAUAAUGGUACACAGUAUAAAUAGCUCUUGGAAUAAUAGAUAAUGAGGCUGGUAUCAAAAUGGUGAAAAAAGAGGCUUACCUGCAACAUACAUUACACAUGCAUGAUCAGCACCCAUAUUCACUACACUUUCCCUGACCCCGUUCUCAACUAAAUAUGGGGUUAGGGUUAGUUUUUUUCUUCAUUUUAUGCUUGUUUCGUAAAUACAUGUACAUAUAUGAAUACUGACUGCAAUAGUUUUGUUAGUUGACAGUUGUCAUAAUAGUCUUUGUGACUUUUUUUGCAAAUACUUUUUAUCAAGUUUCUAUGUGUCCAGAAUAUGUUUAAAGCUUAAUGUUCAUGUUAAAAUUGCAAAAAAGAGUGAACAGUAGAGUUUAGAUGUUACCGUACUUAGGUUUAAAUGGCAAAGAGUUUAGUAGUCCGUUAGUACAGACUUUAAUUUUACUUUGACCACAACUACCAAAGUCUUGAGCAGAACCUAGCUCUGUCAGUCUCUGACUGUGCCCGGAGCAGAUUAAGUACAGGGCCUAUGUAGUAUGGUAUCAGCCCAGUCUCAAAGUGUAGACACUGUUACACACAUUAAAGGUACUAUGUCCCAUUUGCA